UCCCAUUCCAAAGUCCAACCUCCAAACUCCUCCUCUUCCAAGCGGCGCUUGAGCUCGGCGACCAACCAGCCAUGGCUUCCCACCCGCCGUCGCCGCUGCCGGAACACCCCAUAGUACUACCACCCGCUCCCACCACCAUAAGCGACCUCGACGACGACCUGCUCCGGGAGAUCUUCCUCCGCCUCCCCAACUUCCCCAGCCUCGCCUCUGCCGCCCUCACCUGCCACACCUUCCUCGGCGCCGUCCGUUCGUCCCGCGCCUACCGCCGCCGCUUCCGCGCGCUCCACGCGCCCCCGCUCCUCCCUCGGUUCCUCGCACACAUUAUAGGUCCCCUCCCCGCCUUACAGCUCCCCUCCGCCGGAUUCACCGGAUUCACCCCUCUCCAACUCCAAGACGACGACGCUUCUUCCGACUGGCGGGUCGAUUUCUCCGAUCCUUCGGUUGCCUACGGCGGCUCCGUCGGCAUCAACCACCGGAGCACCAUUCACGCAGCUCGGUACAACCCCGAAACGAAGGCCCUGUUUCUCCGCCCCAAGGAGCAUCAUGGCAUGCCCGACGGCACCUCCCUCGGCUUCCACACAUUCUCCUCCCAAGAGGAAGAGGAUCAGAGGCCGUCCCGUGUGGUAUGUAUCCGUGAGGACUACUCGUGGGAUCGGCUCCGCAUCGCUGUCUUCUCAUCGGACACCAUGGAGUGGCAGAUUCUGCCGGAGGUUGCGACGCUGCUGCCCAAGGGCUUCACGCGCACAGCCUGCACCGUGUUGGAUGGGUUUAUCUGUUGGCAAUGCGAGUCCAUGACCGGGGUACAUGCCACCGAGUACGUUUUCGUGCUCAACACAGAUACGUUCCACUUCUCUCGAAUGGAUCUGCCGCCGCCCUUGAGAAAGGCACGCACAAAAUUCAUGGUUGGCCAGACCAGUGAUGGGAAGCUCUGCAUCGUAGAUGAGAAGGAAUGCACGUUUAGCAUUUGGAUCUUGACAGACGGCGAUGACGGCGUCCAGCGAUUUGUGCUGCACAACAUGUUUCCACUGCACUCUAGCUUUAGGGAGAUCACCAACUGCUCAGUGAAAGAUACCAUCUCAGUGCGGCUUAUGACGGUUUCCAAUGGUUUUGUCUACUUCGCACUUCGCACAUGGAGGAAGUACGUGGAUCAGCUCAAAUCCCCUGAGUGGUUCUUCUCCUUGUCUCUGGAAACAGCGGAGCUGAAGCAGCAUCUGAAAAAUAAGCGACCUUUCUUGCCGGUCCAUCCCUACUCGGCCUGGCCCCCUUCUAUGGAACACAUCUCGGAGGAUUCAAAAACCAAGGUUACUGGAAACAGUGUUGAAGAUGUUGGUCCUGAGAGCACAGAAAAGGAUUCAUCGGUCCUUAUAAAAGCAUUGCGAUCAUAUAAAGAAGCCUUGGUUAAGGAUGGUGACACAAAUGUUGCAGAGACAGAGGCCUUCUCACUUUGCAUUGACGUUGAGGACGGGAAUAACUCUCUUAUGAGGAAAAUCAUUGCUUUAGAUGAACUGCUAAUAACUGUGAGGAAUCGUGUCUUGAUGGCGGGUGCAGACUCUGAAUUCGGACACCCUGUAUUCUACAGACAGAAGAUCAAAACAGAGAGCUGGUGGCAAAUGUGCAAGGGGAAGUUAUGGAGAGCUUUCUGUGCAAGAUGAAUCAGCUUACCUAUCAGGAGUAAGUGAGUUUUUGUUGCGUUGGUACUUCAGGUUUUAGAUUCUAUGACGACGUUAUGUGAGGUAUCUGAAUAAACACUGAUGGCUGUGACCAUCAUCAAGAGUAUUCAGUAUUCGGUAUGACUGGUUGGCAGGAGACUUUUUUUAAAAGUGCAUUUAUGUACGUUAGCUUUUAUCAUCUUAUCUUUCCUUCUUGUUUUAGAAGUGCAUCUUUGUGCGAGCGACUUUGAAGAUCAUAUUAAGGCAUGUGUCCAUUCUC